CCACAGCUGUCUUCUUAUUUAAUCGAGCAUGCAUUGCACCAAAGUGGAUACGUAUUUGUGCUUACAAAAGCAGUAAAUAAAUCGUAAAAAUAAUACCGAAAUGUUACAACCUUCUAAGCAGCAGAUACUGCGCCUCUACAAGCAUCUAAUACGGUACGGCAAUCAAUUGCAACUUACAGACAAGAACUACUUCUUGGGUCGCAUACGACGCGAAUUCAGAGAGGGUCGUGCACUAAGCGAUCCAGUACAAAUCGAAUUCAAUUUCAAGCGCGGCGAAACGCUUUUGCGAAAAGGGCGCAUCCUUUAAAUUGUUGCUGAACAGCGGCAAUGUUGCAACGACUGGUAGGAAGAGCUGCCGCUCGUCACAAUGCACUACCUACCAGCUUAGCAGAGUCUACAACUUGCUACCGCUUUAAAACCAACAACAAUAAAA